GAGGGUAGUAGUGAGGGAGGGCGGCGGAAGGAACAUGGCCGCGUCGGUAGGGCCCCAGGGUGGCCCGCGGGCUUCCGUUCCGGCUCCUAUGCCUGACAUACCGGACUUGAGCCACCUCACAGAGGAGGAAAGGAAAAUAAUCCUGGCGGUGAUGGCGCGCCAGAAGGAGGAAGAGGAGAAGGAGCAAGCCAUGUUGAAGACGCUUCAUCAGCAAUUCUCGAGCUAUAAGGAGCAGGUAAGGCGGAUCGGGGCAGAGAACAAACGACAACAGUCCAUCCACAAGGACGAUGCCCCGACCUGCGGGAUCUGCCGCAAGACCAAGUUUGCCGACGGCUGCGGGCACCUCUGCUCCUACUGCCAGACCAAGUUCUGCGCCCGCUGUGGUGGAAGAGUGUCUCUACGCUCCAACAAUGAGGAUAAAGUGUGUCUCAUAGUGAAGGACAGGGUGAUGUGGGUGUGCAACCUGUGCAGGAAGCAGCAAGAGAUUCUUACUAAAUCUGGAGAAUGGUUCUCACCAGGGCCAAGAGGCAGGCCUCUGAGCUUGCCCGGCCCUGAGGUCGACCGGGACGGGAAGCUGCGUUCCAGGUCGCAGGUUACAUCCGGAGUUAACCACGGAAGUGUUAACGAUCUCCAGCCAGUCACUGACCGGACCAAGGGAGUAGACACCAUGCCAGCCUCACGAGCAAGGAGCGAACCCCCACGAGAGAAGAAGAGGCCAGUGUCCCUACAUGAGCAGAAUGGCAAGGUCAUUAUCAGAGGUGAGAGGAGAGUGGGACCUGGAAGGCAGUUGAGCCAGGCUUCAGAAGAUCGAGCUCCAGGCGAAAGGAGAGAGAGCAGACGUCUUGAGAAAGGCCAUUCGCAAGAAUACGACCACCCUGGCGACACUUCCCACCCCGACCAGCGGCGGAAAAAAGAAGAAGAGGAACGGGAGCGGGAGAGGCAGCGUCGAGAAGAGGAAUACCAAAAUCGCUAUUGUAGCGAUCCCAACCUGGCCCGCUACCCUGUCAAACCUCAGAAAGAAGAACAAGAGAUGCGCAUGCAUGCCAAAGUCUCCAAAAUGCGACAAGAACGCCACCACAGCGACAUGGCCAUCAACGAAGUAGGCCUGGCUCAAGAUGGUUGUGAGACUCCAGGCAGUCGGCUAAGCAGGAGGUCAGGAGGCAAUGAAAACCGCAAGGCAAUCUUGGAAAACCACCGGGCGUACUCUGUGGACAGGACCGCGGGGGGUAGUGCUGGUGGGGGGCCUGUACCCCUUCAAAAACAGGGUCACAGUGGUUCUCACAUGAGCCCCGGGGGCUCCCAAGACCUCAGGGAUGGACAGGAUCGUGGCCACAAAGGUUACUUGGAGCCUGGCUCAGCAGCGUUAUUACACAAGACCAAGCGCGAGAAAGCUGCCGAAAGUUUCCGGAAAGAUUCUUCACUGAGUUCAGACCAGUCGGAGUGUCUCCGACCACCUCCUCCCCGUGGUUACAGGCCCAAACGAGGCCUCAAUAAGAGGCAGAUGUCCAUUAGCAGUUCAGAAGAGGAAGGAGGGUCUACACCCGAGUAUACCAGCUGUGAAGAUGUGGAGAGCAUAAGCGAAAAAGGUGACUGGGAUUGCCAUCCUUUCGACCCCACUGUAUUGCACCAUCCUGUCACGUGGCAGCCAUCAAAAGACGGAGAUCAGUUGAUUGGCCGCAUCACUCUGAGCAAGCGCUCCGCUGUGCCUCAAGAAGCUGGCUCUUUGCUCGGGCUGAAGGUGGUUGGUGGGAAGAUGACAGAGACUGGAAGGCUUGGAGCGUUUAUCACCAAAGUAAAGAAAGGAAGUCUAGCAGAUGUUGUAGGCCACUUACGAGCAGGUGAUGAGGUGCUGCAGUGGAACGGAAAGGCAUUGCCUGGAGCAACCAAGAAAGAGGUGUACAACAUCAUUUUAGAGUCGCAGUCUGCACCUCAAGUGGAAAUAGUUGUUUCAAGGCCAAUCAGAGAAACACCGAGAAUUCCAGAGAGAUCACAUCCUCCUCUUGAAUCCACUGGUUCCAGUUCUAUAGAUGAGUCUCACAAGGUGGACCGUCCCUCCAUCUCCGUCAUGUCCCCCACCAGUCCGGGAAUGUUGAGAGACCUGCCUCAGGACCUACCAGGCCAGCUUUCAGUAAAACUGUGGUAUGACAAAGUGGGCCAUCAGCUUAUCGUCAACGUAUUACAAGCCAUAGACCUACCCUCUCGUCCAGACGGUCGGCCACGCAACGCUUACGUCAAAAUGUACUUCCUUCCUGAUCGGAGUGACAAGAGCAAGAGGAGGACGAAGACGGUAAAGAAGAGCUUGGAGCCAAGGUGGAACCAGACGUUCCUUUACUCGCACGUGCACCGCAGGGACUUCCGAGAGCGCAUGCUGGAGAUCACCGUGUGGGACCAGCCAAGAGCGCAGGAAGAGGAGAGCGAUUUCCUUGGAGAGAUCUUGAUCGAGCUCGAAACGGCGCUGUUGGACGAUCAGCCCCACUGGUACAAGCUGCAAACCCACGACGUGUCCUCUCUCCCUCUACCCCAACCCUCCCCAUACCUCCCCCGCAGACACGUCCACACCGACAGCCCCAGCAAGAAGUUACAGAGAUCUCAUCGCAUCAUUGAGACUGAUUAUGAUGAUGCAAUUACGGUAGUGUCCUCAGCAGCAGAAAGGAACUCCCGAGAGAAGGAGAGGGGCAGCACUCUGACGGUUCCUGAGAGGCAAGCAACCAUUCAGCAUCGCUCUCGCUCCGUCUCCCCACACAGAGAGGACCAGUAUAAAGGGCGUUCACGCCACACCCAUGUCCCCAUGCAGAGGAGUCUGGACGAAAUCCGUCAGAAACGGCAUCAUUCCCAGUCGCCCACUCAAUACUAUAAUCCGCAGCAGGAGCACCGAUCCGGAGACUCUGACUAUGAUUACUCAGAGGACAGUGAGGUCCUGGAGAUGCACAGAUCAAUCCGGGGUGGAAGCGCUGAGUGCCUGCACACUAACAGUGAUCUUCAGCCAGCACUGGAUCGGGUGCGAAGUGCCAGUACGACCUGUUUGAGGCCUGAAAGCAGUUUCCGCUCCCCUGACAGAGAAAGGCUGUCAGGCAGUUUGGACAGGCCUGUGUGCGCAAAAACUAACAAGAAAUCCAUUGAUGGUGACAGGAUCCAGCCCACCUCCAUCCUGCGGGGCAGCAGGUGGAGGACAAAUGGCCCAAUCCAGCCCUUUGGGCACCCCAGCCAGGACAGAGCGCACCUUCAUGUUGGACGUAACUCCCCUACAGAGUCUCCCUUAUCAGUGCGCAGAGGAAGACAGCUCCCACAACUCCCUGCUAAGAGCAGCAGUAUAGAGCAAGCUCUGGCGGUAGAUGACCGGGCUCGACAGUUGAGUCAAAUCCGGGUUCCGUCAUAUCGGCCAGGUUCGUCCGCCAGCUCAGGCCACGAACAAGACACGGAUCUGAAGAACAAGAGAGAUAUGUAUAAGCGGAGCUGCGAUAACAUGUCGGCGAGGUCGUCGGACAGUGACGUGAGCGACGUGUCGGCCAUCUCCCGAGCCAGCAGUGCCUCCCGUCUGAGCAGCGCUAGCUACAUGUCUGUCCAAUCAGAGAGGCCACAUGGACGGUUCAGGUCAAAGUCACUUGAAAAUUGCAAAGGGGAGGAGAAAAGGGAAAGAAGGAUCUCAUGGGGGGUGAGCGGACCCGAGCAGAGGAGGAGCUUGGGAAAGAGGCGCUUCUCAGAGGAACUGAAACACCGGCGCCACACUGUGGCUGGAGAUGUCAGUAGGCAGGUUCGGGCCUCAGUGGGCCGCUGCAUGUUAAAGAGCACGAGUGUGAGCGGGGAAAUCAACACGCCAGAGCGGACAGACGGCAGCCAGUCGGACACGGCGCUUGGCACAGUGGGCAGCAACAGCAGCAAGAAGCGUCGUUCCAGCCUCAAUGCCCGUUUUGUAGCCAUCGUGGGCAACAGGCGCAGCCGCAGCACCUCUCAGAUCGGCCAGACAGAAUCUUCCAAUAAAAAGGCAAAGGGGAGUGGGACAAUACAGCGGAGUCAGGAGACAGGCAUGGCCGUCGAGCUGCAGCGCAACAUGAGUCGACAGCCGAGCCGUGAGUCCAACAACGGCAGCAUGGCCAGCUACAACUCAGAGGGAAGUCCGAUCUUCCCAGCCGUGAGGGUGGAGACUCAGUUCAGUGACUUUCUGGACGGACUGGGUCCUGCCCAACUUGUGGGCCGACAAACUCUGGCCACUCCUGCUAUUGGAGACAUCCAGAUUGGCAUGGUGAACAAGAAAGGUAAGCUGGAGGUGGAGGUGAUCCGAGCACGUGGCCUCAUCCAAAAACCAGGAUCCAAAUCCCUCCCAGCUCCUUAUGUAAAGGUGUACCUGCUAGAAAACGGGGCAUAUGUGGCCAAGAAGAAAACGAAAAUUGCACGGAAAACGUUGGACCCGCUGUACCAGCAGACCCUGCAGUUUGAAGAGAGCCCCCAGGGGAAAGUGUUACAGGUCAUCGUCUGGGGAGAUUAUGGACGAAUGGACCACAAAUCCUUCAUGGGAGUAGCACAAAUUCUAUUGGAGGAGCUGGACCUGGCCAGCAACGUGAUUGGCUGGUACAAACUGUUUCCACCGUCUUCUUUAGUAGACCCCACGCUAGCUUCGCUGACUAGACGAGCUUCCCAGACGUCUCUGGACAGUUCUUCAGGACCUGGGGUUCGAUCCUAGUGCACUAACUUACAAAGCACACCCCACACUCUCCACUACAGAAAAUCAACUGUGGACAUGACAGGACCACAAUAAGAGGCAGAGCGGGAAAAAAAAUGCGAUGAACAAAAGACGAAAAAUGACAAUCACUCCUGUCGAUUACGUUGGGGUUUGUAUUGUUUCUUUUUGUUUUUCCCCCCUCUGUUGUGCGUCUCCGCGAAAUAAGGCCUCUAUAUUCUGCCGAUUCUGUUUGUCCGUGACAAACCGUUAAAUUAAUCGCAGCGCCGGAGCUGCAGUAAAGUUCAAAAGUAAGCAGGGUGAUUUUCAAAUGUUAUUCAAUAUUUAACAGAGCAGCAGAAUGUAUCGAUCUAGAAACACAAUGCGACCUCCGACCAAGAGAUUGUGGCGUCUCGAAAGAGACUCCUGUAUAGGCGAGCAUUGAAAGUCAAAAGGUUAUGAUGGUGAAAGGAGCAAGGCCAUUCCAAAAAGGGAUGAUUUGGUGCCUAAACAUCAAGAACCCAGAGCUACGGUCCGAUAUCCGUAGAACGUCAUUGUUCCAACAGAGGCUACGUUCUCCUCAAUGUUUCCUCUUCGUUUAUUCUUUCUUUCAGCUAAUUUCUUUUUAGUACCUCUAACACUCAAGUUAUGAGGUUUGUGUUGUCUACAAAAGUACAGUGUGCAUGGUGACGAUGCUGAGAAUGAGAAAACAAAAAAAAAAACAGGACUUGAGAAAAUGUGUUCCCUAAAAACAUUUCCAACACUUGAUUUCGCUUUCUCAUGCGUAUACUUUCUAUUUACGCAGAACAGUUUUCCAUACGCUUUCACACCGUGAACCCUUCCUGAUGGUCUAUGAGUGUAUGAUGAUGAUGAUGAUACAGUUACAGACUUUUAAAACGCCACAUUGACCAAAGACUCACAGUUCUAAACAUCAAGAGGACCAAAAAGGCGUAUUUGCGAUUCACAAGAAGGAAAUCACCAAAAAAACAACAACAAAAAAAAAUAGUUCAAAUAAUAAGUUAACAUGGCUAAUAGAAAAGGGAAAGUAGUGAGGACCAGCACAAUUUUAAUGGUUUUGUUGAUAAUAAAUGGUCACCACUGGCUUUCAUUUCUGUCAGCAAUGUUGCAAUCUUUGUUUUUUAUUAUUAUUUCAUUACUAAAGAGCUUCUUUAUCGUCAUCUUUAGACUGAAAGCACCAUUCUUCCAGCAAAAGAGUAUUGCUGCCAUUUACACCUUGCAUUAGCGUUUCAACUAUUUUGUUUCCCCAUUUAAAAUGCAAAUAACAGCUAGCUGUUGGGUCAGUAGAUAAGGCUUUGGGGUACCAAGCUACUGUACGACUGAGCAAGAUACUCAACCUUCAAUGCAUUGAUUGUAUUCGGCAUCAAGUGUACAUCACCAAGCCGAGCGUGCAAAGGUACCAAUGACCUAGCUGUCACUAUGAGAGUUCUUGUAACGACUGAAAUGAGUUUUGUGGUAUCCCUCUAGCACAUGAGAUAUUUGGGUUAUGCCAAUUUGCCCAAAAAAAAAACAUCUGACAAAUUGGGUAAUAACACAACCUGACACCAAUUACUGCAAAACACCACAAGAGGAAGAUCUUGAGUUCUUAUGCGAGAAUUUUUGUUCAAGUGCCUAUAAAAUGGCUUGAUUUGAUUACGUUGAAGUUUUGUCAAAUGGCUUGAUUGAAUCCAACAGCAAACAAAUCACACUUAAUCUAACUCAAUAGCAGAUUAACAAACCGGCUAAACAUGCAGCCAAGUGUUUAAAGGAAAUUUUCAGAUAUGUGAAACGUUUCGCUGCCAUUUAGCUCGUUGCAAUAUUGUAGAAAAAUGAGUGCACACACAUGCACGCACGCACAUAUACAGACUCCAAACAUAUUUCUAUCACAUAAUAGACAGAUGUUGUACAACUAAUAAAAACUACAGAAAUAAUGCUAAUUAAAAAAAAUAAACCCAGGACAUACAAAAUCUGGACUGGAUGCCAAUUGAACGAGCACAUGAUGAGUCAUAUCAACAUUUUCACCAAAUGAUAAGCAAGCAAAUUAAAGUGAAAUUAUUACUUUUUUUCCUUGUAGUCAAUACUAUAUGUUGGCUAAUUUGAGUUUGCAAUUUCAAAAAACUUGUACAAAAAAAUCGAAGGCAUCAUUUUUGUGAUUUUGCUUUAACAGUCACUUUGAGGUGCAUUGACAAGUUGCACAGUACAGGCAAUUACAGUUUGAGUGGCAUUACAAUACAAUUGAAAAAGAGAGAUUAUCUGUUUUCAGCCGGCUCUGGGAUUGAGAUCGUCCAAUUUUUUGUAGGAGAGCGAGCAUCAGAUUUUUUCUCCAGAAGCCUAAGCCACAAUCAUAUUUUGACAGCAGUAGCUGCUAACACCAGGGAUGCAUCAGAUCGAGUAUAUUUUUGGUACUCGUCAACACCAAAUCUUAUAACAAAAUUUUUAAACAACUUAGUAAUUCAGCAAUCAGGGUUUAAUGGUACAUUUUACUGCUCAAGCAAUGAACUUAUGCUGGGGUAAGUCAAACCGGGACUUUUAAUCAUGCAAAAGUUCGAAGGAAUGACUGCCCAUUUAUUGAUAUACAGCGAGGGGAAUUUAAUCCUUUCCAGAGGCGAGUUCUUAAGGUGGGAAUUCGUAUUGCAGAACGCAUUUUCCCAUAAAAAGUAAUGCAAAUCAAGUUUGACUUGAAUGCCACUUUUUUUUUAUUAUUAUUUCACCAUGUAAACAUACUCAAGAUGAACAUGCUUUAUUAAACAUAUAUAUAGAGAUAUUUUAUUUAAAGACUUGUGUUAUGGAAGGCCUUAAUUAUAUCUCUUCACUUUUUUUGUAUAAACAUCGACAACAAUUGUGAUAUAUGUCUGUUUUAGUCACACAUUAUCACGUAGUAUCAGAUGUCGGUUUUUGGCAAAUAAAUACCUGUAUACUGAUAUUCCUGUCAGUAUCGAUGCAUCCCUGGCAAACAGAAUUAUCGUUCUCUCAUUAAAAAAAAAUGUUAAAGCAAGGUAUAAAUGGGGCCUUUUGUUUAGAAGUGGGGGUUGUUUACAUAUACGGUUACAUAGGACACAAUAUUAUAUCAAAUUACAUAUUAUUUAUUUUAUCUCCAGAAAUCUACGACCAGACUGGGUGAAUUUUUUAAGAUGGUGUAUUAUGUAACACAUCAUAUUCUAGCAUAUUUUUUCCAUUUCCAUGCGCAUGGAAUUGGGUAUUUUUUCAAUGCUUUUUUUGUUUUGUUUUGCAGCUUAAAUGCAAGCACAAGAACAAUGAUGUUACAAUAUAGGAAGAAAAGACAAAAAAUAGGGAAAUAUUUGUAUUUUGUUCAUAUA